AAUCAUAUUAUAUUACAAAGUUGCGCACUUAAAAUUUUGUUACAUUUCUUUACACUCUAAAAGCAAAUUCUGAACUCCACUUUUCUUUUCUCUUCUUCUAUAGCUAGGAAACUAGUGGAUCAAGUUCCAUAUCCUCAUCUUUCUUCACACACACACACACACACACACAUACACACACACACACACACACACACACACACACUUUAACACAAUAACACUUAUAUAUAUGAAAUGAACUCGUGAAUUGAUGAUAAUCAAUUCUAAACUAUGUAUUUUUUGUUUCCACUUCAAACCACAUGAAAUCAUGGAGAUUCAUCAUCACCUCUUCGUCACUCUUCUCCUUCUCCUUCUUCCCCUAAGCUACGCUCAAGAAUACACCAGAAGCUUGGUCAUUGAUGUCAAUGGUCCAGUCGAAACUUCUCCUAUCUCCGACAAACUAAAUCCAAAGCUUGUGUACGAAAUCAAAGUGCAUGGCUUUAUGCUUUGGGCAUCGAUGGGUGUUUUGAUGCCAAUUGGUAUUAUCUCUAUCAGAUUAAUGUCUAUCAAAGACCAAUCUUCAAUCACUCUUCGACGACUAUUUUUUCUUCAUGUCACUUCUCAGAUGGUUGCAGUGAUACUUGUGACAAUAGGGGCAAUCAUGUCAGUAAAAAACUUCAACAAUUCCUUCAAUAAUCAUCACCAACGGCUAGGAAUUGGACUUUAUGUCAUCGUGUGGUUCCAAGCUCUUCUUGGCUUCCUCCGACCUCCAAGGGGAGGAAAAGCUAGAAGGAAGUGGUUUUUAGGACACUGGAUAUCAGGAACAUCAAUUGCUAUUCUUGGGAUAAUAAACAUAUACACAGGGUUACACGCUUACACCAAGAAGACAUCAACAAGUGCUAAGCUUUGGACUAUACUCUUCACUGCACAACUCUCUUCUAUUGUCUUGUUCUAUCUUUUUCAAGACAAGUGGUCUUACAUCCAAACCCAAACUACCUUUAACAGAAAUCAAUCCGUUGAUCAUAACAGCAACAUCUCAGCCGCAGAGACUGGCCAUGUAGAGGAGGUCGACGAAAUUAAACAAAGCUAUUAGUAUUUUGUUCUUAUCUUGAGAGAUUGUUUUCUAAGAGACAAAAAGGGUUUCAAAGGCAUUUGAAUUAUUUUGUAGCCGUAAUGAUUUGACUAACUUUCGAGUUUCGUUCUUCUUAGUAAAUUUAAGAGAAACAUGCUCAUAGGCUGUGAUUAA